GUAAUGCGCAUUGAAACGCCAUCCAUUGCAUCAAAUACUCAAAAAGAAGAAGAACAUCCACCAUAACAGCGCAUGCGCGAAUUCAAGAAACAUAACUGGACGCAGCAAGAAACAGGAACACCAGGAUGGCCUGUGUAAGUCCAGUGUGUGUGCAGGUGCUGUGCAGCAGAGCCCGGCUGGUCAGUUACCUCCCAGGGCUUCAUGUGUUGGUGCAUCGUGUGGCUGGAGCCAGAGCCUUCUCUGCUGCUGGAUCCUCGGGCUCUGAUGAACCCCGUGUAGCCAUCAUGCCCUCUGACAUGGGGCUGCAGACAGUGUGGCCUGAUGAGAGCAUGGGGCCAUUUGGACCCCAAGACCAGCGCUUCCAGCUGCCUGGAAAAGUGGGUUUUAUCUGCCACCUGGAAGGAUUAGCAGAGCAGAAGAAGGGCCUGGCACACAAGAUGGUCCCUGACGUUCUAUCUUUCCCGUCCAACAGUGAGAGACAUGAGUGCAUUCUGGCCCAGUUCAUCGGAGAGUUCUUUGAGAAAGACGACCCAGCUUCUUCUCAGAAUGCCACUACAGCAGAACAAUACUUUGACAAUUCCAGUCUGGAGUGUGCCAUACAGUCCUGCCCUGAACUACUAAAGAAAGAUUUCCAGUCCAUGUUUCCUGAGGCUCCAUCCUCUGGUAUGAUGGUGGUCACAGUGACCCAAAAGACUGAGAACGAUAUGACGUCAUGGUGUGCUGAGGUGGAACAGGAGAGAGAGCAGACGCUUGACAAGUUUGUUGAUGGAGCAAAGGAGAUCUGCUUCGCUCUGCAAAGAGAAGGAUUCUGGGCUGACUUCAUUGACCCAUCCUCAGGCCUGGCGUUCUUUGGAUCGUACACCAACAACACACUGUUUGAGACAGAUGACCGAUACCGUCACCUGGGCUUUCAGAUUGAAGACCUGGGUUGCUGCAGAGUGAUCCGACACUCUCUGUGGGGGACACAUGUUUUUGUGGGGACAAUAUUCACCAAUGCACCAUCCAGCAGCCUUAUUAUGAAGAAGUUGCAGGGCUGCUGAACACAACUCAGGGAAACUGGGUUGCCAUUAAAACUGUAAAAACGUACAGUACAUGAACUGUUUGGUGAUGGUGUUCUUGACUGCAGCUUCAUAAUUUCAACAAAAGAACACCUUAAACUAACUCCUUUUUGUGUUUUUACCUCUUCAACAUGUAUAAAUAUUAGUUGAUUUGAUAUGUUUUACAUUGUAAGAACAUAGCACCUUAGAAUUACCUACAUAUAGCUUUUAUUUGAUUCAAUCAAUGAACUCAACCUGCAUAUACG